AAUAAGAAGCAGCACGUCAUUUAUUUAAUUUUUGUUUACCGCUCUGUUAUACGCGUAAAAGCGUGGUGAAAAUUUCUGCUACGGUGCUAUUUAGAAAAAUUAAUUUUACAAACACAACAAAAUGGUCGAGCGUAUUGAGGAUUUAAAUUUACCCAACGCUGUUGUGGGACGCCUGAUCAAGGACGCGCUACCCGAAGGCGCGAACGUUAGCAAAGAAGCGCGUGCGGCCAUAGCCCGUGCCGCGUCAGUCUUUGUAAUCUUUCUGACUUCCACAUCGACAACGCUAGCCCGUAAGCAGAAUCAUAAGACCAUUACAGCGGCAAAUAUAUUAGAUGCAUUAAAACAACUGGAAUUUGAAAGCUUUGUCGAUCCAUUGACAUCCGAUUUGGAGUCCUAUCGCAAAGCCGCGAAAGAGAAGAAGGACAAAGCUAAAACAAGUAGCGCAGCAGCUGUAGGCACCACAAGUGGAGCCAACGAUGAGGAAAUGGAGACUGAGAAGGCAUCAUAGAUUAAUGUAGGUGCUGCUAUUUGUUUUCGACUUUUUGCCCAAAUAAAUGUACGAACAUCUUUAAA